AUGCCCGAGUCAGAAGUUUCACAGAUAGUGGGAGCAUUGACUGCCCUGGAACAGGAUCUGAAGCAAAUAUGGACGUGGAACGCACACCGACCAAAGCCUCAUGCUGAGUGUUUGCACACUACCAUUGCACACUGGGCCUCCGAAUCGCCCAAACGUCUCGCGAUUGACGCCUGGGAUGGCUCCUUUACCUUUUCGGAGCUGGACUCUUGUUCAUCACAGCUUGCGCAGCAUCUUAGUGAGCUCGGUGUGCGACAAUCUGCUGUGGUGCCCCUCGUUUUUGAACGAUCACGAUUUACCGUAGCUGCGAUGCUCGCGGUGCUGAAACUCGGCGCCACAUUUGUGCUUCUUGACGCUGGGCUGCCAGAGUCGCGAUUAAAGAACAUAGUUGAGCAAGUCAAGGCAGAGAUUGUGCUGGCCUCCCCGGUGUAUCUCCAGCUGGCUAGCCAGCUUGCAGCAACGGUGGUAUCAGUCCCAGUGACUGAUGGCAUAAGCGACAGUGGCAGCGAGAGCUGCAGCAGCGGCAGCACAAUCAGCACUGAUGUCUGUUCUCCGUUGGAUCCAUUGUCAACAACUGCAUGCAUCGUAUUUACAUCAGGAACUACGGGCAACCCGAAGGGCAUUUUGAUAUCGCAUGCCAACCUAGCUUCCACGUUCAGUUACACAGCCAAAACCGUCGGUUUGAAUGAGGCUACCCGAAUGCUCGAUUCGGCCUCGUAUGGAUUUGAUGCCGCCGUUUACCAGGCGCUGGGAACAUUGAGUAAGGGCGGAUGUCUAUGCGUGCCUUCCGACUCAGAAAGAAUUACGGCGAUCGCAUCGGUCAUCGAAAAAUUCCAAGUCAACACGGCCAUUUUGACCCCAUCGGUUGCUCGGCUAGUUGAUCCAAGAGAUGUUCCAAGUCUCAAACGGCUCAAGCUGGUGGGUGAGCCAUCCAGCCCAGCUCUAAUCGACAAAUGGCUUCCCUACACCACGCUGGUUAUGGGAUACGGGCCUUCUGAAUGUGCAGUAUGCAGCAAUGCUGGCGUUUUUUACCGCGGCUUGACAGCCGUGAACAACAUCGGCCCUGCGCUCGGCUGUUGCGCCUGGGUCGUCGAUCCAGAUGACCACAACAUACUUCUCCCUGUCGGAAGUGUCGGCGAGGUGCUCUUGGAAGGGCCGAAUGUCAGCCAAGGGUAUUUAAACGACACAGAACGAACAAAUGCAGCAUUCGUGGAUUCCCCAAGAUGGUUAACCACAGGGUUUGGCUCCACGCCAGGUCGAAGUGGCACAUUGUACAAGACCGGUGAUUUAGUACAGUACGAACGCGACGGAUCAAUUCUUUAUAUUGGCCGGAAGGACCAACAGAAGAAGCUUCAUGGACAACGGAUUGAUUUGACGGAGAUUGAACAUGCCAUGGUGCAAGCACUUCCAAUCAACAUGGAAGUAAUUGCUGAAGUUUGCACCACCGCGAUGUCUCCGAGCGAACCGCAGCUGAUAGCGUUGUGUUACCUGGCGUCUUCCAAGCCUUUGAUUGAGCAGAAUUCACCUUCUGAAAUCACAGGAGCGAGAAGUAUCCUUCUACCGGCGAGCAAAGAGUUCUUAGUUACUGGCCAACAACUUCGCGAGAAACUACAGGUCAAUCUUCCUUCAUAUAUGAUUCCUGCCUUCAUCCUCCCAGUUUCUGAAAUCCCGAGGACGAAGCCCUCUGACAAGCUAGAUCGAAAAAGAGUGGUUCAAGAGGUUGGGCAGCUCAGCCAAUCCCAGCUGCGCAAAUACUUCCCAAUAUCCUCGAAGCAAUUAAACACACCCAAAGAGGAAAUGCUCCAAAAUAUGCUGAGGGAAGUACUAGUUUUGGACAUCGAUAUUUUGGCCGAUGACCAUUUCUUUCAACUGGGUGGAAAUUCCAUCACAGCAAUUCAGCUAAUCGCAAUUGCGCGCAAACAAAGAAUGCUUCUGCAUAUGAGCGAUGUUUUGGAUCAUGAUGAUCUGGCCGAUUUGGCGAGCAAGAUGACUGAUCUCGAUGACACUGGGAAGGCGAUUGACCUGAUUCCAGCCUUUUCGCUAAUACCGAGUGAGCAGCAAGAGCUAGCUCUCCAAACAGCAAAGGAACAAUAUGACAUCGAUGCAACGAGUAUCGAUGAUAUUCUACCUUGCACCCCACUGCAAGAAGGCAUGAUGGCACUUGGGCAACAGAGGCUUGGUGGGAACAUCGCGCAACGAAUCUUCGAUCUGGCACCUGGUACAGAGCUAGGUCAGCUCAAAGAGGCAUGGAAAACAGUUUCACAGCUGAACAGCAUCCUGAGGACGCGAAUCAUUGGUACAUCCACCAAGCUUUUGCAAGUGGUGAUGCGAGAUCCGCUGAUCGUUGAGGAGCACGACGGCUCAAAGCUGGACACCGAGUCUACAAUGAGCUCCAUCGUCAGCCGAAUGGGACUUGGGUCGCCCCUGGUUAAUGUUGCAAUCCUGUCGAACGACGACGCUGCACGGCCAGAUCGGCUCAUUUGGACAGCUCACCAUGCGGCGUGCGACGGGUGGCAGGUCCCCCAAAUCUUUGCCCAAGUGGAACGUACAUACCGGGGUGAUGUGGCCCUUCCAGAAGUUGAUUUCAACCAUUUUGUGAAGUACAUCACCGAGGCAGAUAAUGAAAAGCAAGAUGUGUAUUGGAAGACACAACUUGCCGGGCCGACCCCGUCUACCUUCCCUCCUUCCCAUCAGAACUCGAGUUCCGAAUGGGCAAAUGAAUCGAAGAGCCUCCCGGUUUACUUGGGAAAUUCUGGCAAGAAAGGUUUUUUGUUGGCCACAAGUAUUAAUCUGGCCUGGAGUAUGAUUAUCGCAGCCUAUGCCGAAUCGCCUGAUGUGGUUUUUGGCUUGACUCUGACCGGGAGGAAUGCGCCUGUGGCAGGCAUCGAAAGCAUGACAGGACCAACCAUCACGACUGUCCCGUUUCGGCACUUGAUCGACCACAGUCUCAAAGUUGGCCAGGCCCUUGACCGCAUUCGAAAACAGUUGACGAACAUGAUUCCGUUUGAGCAGGCGGGAUUGCAGAAUAUCCGACGAAUGAGCCCCGAAGCGGCGUCCGCCUGCGACUUGCAAUCUUUGCUAGUCAUUCAACCCCCAAUGGCGAAUGACAUACCACAUGAGGUGAUAAUUAAUGGCAAGGAAGUGAAAUCUCGGCUUACUUUCAGCAAUUACCCGCUGACAAUGGAAUGCACCAUCUCCCCAGGAGAGCAGCUCGUCAAUGUAUCUGCCCAGUUCAACAGUCGCGUCAUCCAUCCCGAUCAAAUGACCCAUAUUCUCCACCAAUUCGGUCAUGUUCUUCGCCAGAUUCAUGAUAACCCGGAUGUUCCUCUCCAACAGAUUAAUAUGUUAAGCCCAUUUGAUCUCGAACGCCUGACCGACUGGAACAGUGCCUGUCCCGUGGCAGCGAAUUAUACACUGAACCAAUCGAUCGAGAAGCACUCUGUAGCAGAUCCUGACAGGCAAGCUGUGGACGCAUGGGACGGAAGUCUGACUUUCCGGGAGUUGGAUACCUUUGCUUCGCAGUUUGCAAACCACCUACAACAGCUUGGUGUUCGUCACGAAGAUGUUGUGCCGGUCUGUCUAGAAAAGUCCCGACUGGUCCCUGUUGUAAUGCUCGCGAUCCUGAAGAUCGGGGCUGCCUGUACUCUCGUGGACGAUCGUCUCCCGCAGAAUAGGGUCAAUCAGAUGUUGUCAAACAGUUGUGCCAGGUAUUUUGUGUGUUCUGAGACAUUGCAAAAUCAGUUUGACCUCUCGCAGACAGAUGCUAAGAAACUAGUUUUUACUUUGAACCUCAUUCAGCAACUACCUUCGUGCAUCAAUGCAGUCUGGAACACAAACCCUGACACUCCGGCAUUUGUUGUCUACACCUCUGGAAGUACAGGCCGCCCAAAGGGCGUUGUACUAGAGCACCGAGCACUUUCCACGAGCAUUCUUGCCCACGGGGCCAUUUUAAAAAUUGGACCAGAGUCACGAAUGCUCCAAUUUGCGUCUUGUUCCUUUGAUAUCAACCUGUACGAACACAUGACCACCCUAGUUCUCGGCGGGUGUAUCUGCAUUCCCUCCGACGAUGCACGCAUGAACCAGCCAGCGCAGUAUGCACGAGAAAGUGGCGCGACAAUCACGCUCUCGGCACCAACAAUUAUGCGCGCACUAGGCCAAGAGGAAAUCCCGACCUUGCAAAUGAUUUCCCUCGGUGGAGAGCCAAUAACGCACGAAGUCGUGGAUAUUUGGAAAGAACGUGCACAGGUUUGCAACGGCUACGGGCCUGCAGAGUGCACCAUUUGCGCCAUGCAUCCGAUUGAAGAGCAGGAUGAAGGUAACCCACUCGCAACCAUCGGGCGUGGACUUGGAUGCACCUUUUGGGUGGUCGAUAUCGCGGAUUCAUCCUGCCUAGCACCAGUUGGUGUGGUUGGCGAGCUUUUUAUCGAAGGCCCAGUAUUAGCACGGGGCUACUUGAACGACAGCGAGCGUACGGCAACAGCAUUUCUAUCAUCCCCAGAGUGGCUGCGCAGAUUCAGACCAGAUGGCUCGGACAGUCGGGUCUACAAGACCGGUGAUCUCGUUCGAUACAACACUGACGGGACCGUCGUUUUCGUUGGGCGUCGAGAUACGCAGACUAAGUUGCGUGGCCAGCGCAUCGAGCUAUCGGAGGUGGAGUACCAUCUCAAAAAACAGUUGGUUAACUCGUCUAUCGUUGUCGAAGUCGCUCCAAUACUCGGAACAAGCCAUCUGGUUGGCUUCGUUGAGAAUCAGAAUCAAUGUGAAAACACUGGAGACAGCUCCCAGCAAGAUUCUCUGUGCAAUGACGAACAGUUGAGCACAGCCCAAACUCACGCUCCGGAGUUCUCAUUCAAGGCAUCUUCAGAAACUCGAGAAGAAGAUUCCAGUGCUCUUCGGGCACUAUCCUUGGCUUUACCUCCCUAUAUGGUUCCAUCGUUGAUCCUCCGUGUAACGACCAUGCCGAAGACCCUGACAGGCAAGACGGAUCGCAAAGCAUUACGCGAAGCUGUGACCAAGCUCACACUGGACGAGGUAUCACUUGCGAUGCAAGGUGGAACUGAGCAUCGACUGCCUUCCUCUGAGGUCGAGAUCAAGUUGCGCGAUUUGUGGGCAGACAUUCUCCGUCUACCAAAGGACCGCAUUGGUGCCGAUGACAACUUCCUGGCUCGAGGGGGUGAUUCUAUUGCCGCUAUGCGGCUGGUCAGUUCAGGGCGGUCACGGGGAAUUUAUCUUACAGUCCAAGAUGUCCUGAACGCCCCGAAGUUGAGUUCUAUGGCUGAAAUUGCCUAUCAAAAGCUAGCCAGUCAUAAGAACAUCCCGAAGCAGUCAAACGGCCAACAUAUAUGGGACCACUACCAUGCACUCCCCGAAGAGGCCAGCACUAGACAAAAGUUGAUCCAUGACAUUCUUCGGUCAUUGGAAACAGACGUGGAAAAAGUUUUGGAUAUUCUUCCCGCGACCAGCUUGCAGGAGUUUGCGCUUUCGAACUGCGCGACGUUCUUUAUAUUUAACGUCGGAGACCAUCUUGAUAUAGAUAAGGCAAUUUUGACCUGGGAAACACUCAUCGCACAGCACGACGUCCUGCGAACCGUCUUCGCUUUCCACGAAGAAAGGUUCUACCAAGUCAUUCUGAAAAGUUUGCCUAAGAUUCCACAUGACGUCUACACCAUUGCCGAAGACACGGACGCCGCGCUCGACCAGCUGCUGAGAGAUACGGGAGCUUCAAAGCCGCUGCCUAUGGGAUCUUCGCCGCUCAAAUUCAUCACAGUCAACUGUCCACAGAACCGAUACCUCGUCCUUCGCAUGUCGCAUUCGCAGUACGAUGGGUUCAGCAUUUCGGAGUUCUGGGGUGAUUGGGCUCUAGCAUUCGAUGGCCAGCCGCUACCUCCCCGCUGUUCAUAUGCUGACUUCGUAUACUUCUCCGACGCACUGGGUGAGCGCGGUGGAUAUUCAUAUUGGAAAUAUAUGUUGAACGGCUCGUCCAUGACCUACCUAACGACACCACCGGCGGACACUAUUGAAAUAGAGGGUAACAGUCAGCUGGUCGAAAAUAAAAUAGUGGUCGAGAACAUCCACGGCCCUCUCGGAAUCACACUGGCCGCUUUCGUGCAGGGAAUCUGGAUUAUGACGCUUGCACGAUGGACGCGGAAGCGUGAUAUUGUUUUCGGGCUCGUCACCAGCGGACGGCGCAGCAAGAGACACGAUUUUGACACAGUCAUGGGCCCGUGCCUGCAAAUCAUGCCUGUGCGCGCAAAACUGCAGGAUGAUUGGAGCAUGCAUGACCUCUGUCAGCUUCUUCAGCAGCAAGACACGGACAGUAUGGAGUUUGAGGGCAUGGAACUAUCCAGGAUCGUUGGCCAUUGCACCGACUGGGAUGCUGAUGCUCCGCUGGGAACCUGGGUUCAGCAUGACAACACGGACUGGAACGCCUCCUUAGUCCUGGGCUGCACAGACUACGGCGCUCCACGGGUGUAUGAUGAGCCGUAUGGACAGGACGACAUCGGGCUGGAGAGUAUGUCGCUGGGAGACGGAAGGCUGGAAAUCAAGCUGUCCUCACCAGCGUAUCUACUGAACGACGAGUCACUCAAAGAGUUGCAACAAAUUACAUGUCAGAUGAUGAAAGAUCUUUCUGCGAAUCCGGAGGUGAAGUUGGUUACGUUCCUUCCAGCCGAAACUGAACCGGAUAACUUCCUACCGCUCACUUCCGUUUAA